AUGUCUUCUUCAAGGGUAGACUUAGAAAACUAUCGAAUUCCACUAGAGGAGAUUAUUCGGGCCACAAAAAACUUCAGCUCAGAAACUCAGAUCGGAGAUGGUGGAUUUGGUAUGAUCUACAAAGGACAACUUUCUGAACACCGGAAAAACCACACAGUAGCCAUCAAACGCUUUAAUGGGAAUCAAGGAAACAGUGAGUUCUAUAAGGAACUCAACAUGGUUUCUAGUUUCCACCAUCCAAACAUCAUUCCCUUCAUUGGUUACUCUGAUGAUGCCAAUGAAAAGAUCAUAGUUUAUGAGUAUGCUAUCCAUGGAAGCCUUGAUAGCCAUCUCCAAGACCCGAAUAAGUGGCGUUGCAUAACAUGGACACAAAGAUUAAGGAUUUGCUUAGGAGCAGCAAGAGGACUCAAGUACCUUCAUUCGGCUCUAGGGAAGAACAACACAGUAAUUCAUGGAGACGUGAAGAGUGCAAAUAUAUUAUUGGAUGAGAUUCUGCAAGCCAAAAUUUCUAAUUUUGGUUUGUCAAGAUUUGGUACAAGAAAUCGGCCAUAUACCCAUCUUGUUACAGAGGUUUCGGGUAAGAUGUUUUACCUUGAUCCCAUUUACAAUGAAAGAGACGAAGUCUUGAAAGAAUCAGACGUAUACUCAUUUGGAGUGGUACUCUUUGAAAUUUCAAGUGGGAUGCCAGCUUAUCGUGCAAGGUGCUUUGUAGACGAUAAGGAACAAUAUCUACUGGACCUUGUUCGAAGCUACUAUGAUGAAGACGAAUCGGGUGUAUUCAAGAAGCUAGUUGAUCCGGUUAUUAAAGAUCGUAUUGAUAUGGAUUCUUUUCAUAUGUUUAACGAUAUUGCACACCAGUGCAUUAACUUGGAGUCGAAGAAACGUCCUACGAUGGAUAAGAUCAUUGCCAAGAUUGAGAAAGCGUUAAGUAUUCAAUUGAACCACGGCAGAGACUUAACGGAUACGAUCAACAACACAGAAGAAGUAUUCCCGGAAGAUCGUGGAAAUAUAUAG